UUUUCUGUUCUUUUUUCUGGAGCCUAAAAAGUUGCUCGCCACUAUUGCAGCGCCGAGAUGUCCUCCGCCGGAAGCACCGGCUCCGCCGCCGAGAAGCGUUACUUCUGCCACCAGUGCAGCCGGACCUUCACCUUCGUAGGAAGCGGUCUGGCCUGCGCCCACUGCCACGGCGACUUCGUCGAAGAGCUCGACAUCCUGACACCCAACCCUAGCCCCGACCCCCUCCCCGAUCGCGACUUGCGCUUCGCCUACGACGACUCCGAUGUCUUCGACUCCAUACCUUCCCUGUUCUCCUCCAUCAUCGACUUCGCGGCUUCCAUUGACGACUCGUCGGCUCCCUUCGCCGCCCUCCGCGAUAUCAUCCAGAGUUUAACACUCGUUGGAUCUGGCGGCGGAGGUCGCCACUUUCUCGGGAACGUCGGCGACUAUUACGUCGGCCCGGGGCUGGAGCAGCUGAUACAGCAACUGGCUGAGAACGAUCCUAACCGAUACGGGACGCCGCCGGCGUCGAAGGCCGCAGUGGAAUCGCUCCUGGACGUCGUGGUUACGGAAGGGCUGUUGUCGAUUGAUGAGGCCCAGUGCUCGGUUUGCAUGGACACGUUCCAGAUGGGCGCCAUGGCGAAGAAGAUGCCGUGCAGCCACGUCUACCACAAGGACUGCAUCCUCCCAUGGCUGGAGCUCCACAACUCCUGCCCUGUUUGCCGUUAUGAGUUGCCGACGGAUGACCCUGAUUAUGAGCAUUAUAAGGCGCCUCGAACUGUUUCUGGAGAAGUAGAAGGAAAUUCCUCAGUGAGUGGAGGAGCAACUGACAUCGAGGAUCCUGCAUUCGGCAAUGAUGGAUAAUGGAAAGUUCACCUGUGGAUGAGUUGAUCAAGCUUGGUCAAUUCAACACCGACAAACUGAUGGCGGUUACCUGGAAUAAUCCUUUUGUUCACAAAAAGAAAAGUAAAAAAACUUGUUUCUUUGUUGUUUUGGAGAACGGAUGUUGCUAAGAAUGCCUUGUAUUGAAGAAGCAAACUCCUGGGUUGAAUGUUU